UUAAUAAUCCUCAAUUUCAUCAAAAUCCUUCAGAAAGAGGCUUUCCUGUGUGAUAAUUUUAAUGGCUAAUUUCCACUGAAAAUAGAUCAGACAGAUACAGAGCUUUUAAGAUUACUAGAGAGCGAAUGUGAGACAGAGUCUUGUGAGACAGAGACAAAGACGCUGACUGAUGGUGAUCCUAUGUCACUAAUAAUACCUAUCGUUGUGGGCAGUAUCAUUUUUUGUCUGAUCAUCUUCGGUUGAACAUGCUUCUAUAUCUUCAUGAAAUGGGUGAAUCAUAGGCAUUAUACUCAUAAAAGAAGAGACUCUAUUACACGCAUGCACGAAGAUGAAGAAAAUGGUAAUAGGAUCAGGAUGGAUGAUAAUGGCGAAAUAAGGAUACAAGGAAUAGGUUCUUCUAAUAGGAGCAAUGAACCUUUUGAGUAUUUUGUGGUUAUGAGGCCUGUAAAUGGUGAAGGCGAACGUACGGUCGCUCAGCUCCAGACGAAGAAAGCAAAGCCUUUUGAUCCCUUUAAUCGACCAAAAGGACCUCUUGAAAACUGAUUUAUGGAACCUCCUCAAAGAGCUCAUAGAGAAAUGGCAAGAGAAGAUGAAAAAGGGCAUGAGAAUAGCAAAAAUAAUAUAUCUGCUAUAAGCGCAGCUGAUAGAAUAGAGAAUCUUGCCAAUGGAGACUUUGAUUUUCAUUCGAGUAGGGAUCGAAGAGCAAGCCAUGACAUCAGUAAUAGAAGGAGAUCAGAACGUCUCAGUCAAGAUCACUCGAAUCAAAGGUUAGAAGAAUCAAAACACCAACCAGCUAAUCCUGGUCCACAUUUACUCCACAACAAUGACCUAAAUUUUGAGGUGGAUGAGAUGGAACAGAUCUUGACUAAUGAGAGACUUUAUAAUGAGAUAUUAAUGCCAAACAACCCACCUCCAAGAAGCCCAUCCUCCCAACAAAACGUCAACAACUUCUUCUCUGAACCUCCAGCCCCUCUUCCCCAACCUCAAUCUAACCAAAACUCUCUGAACAGGAACAACCCAGCCUUGGAGAUGGCAGACCAAGCCAGAGCUGAGCGCAAGAAGUUGAAGAAGGAGAAGAAGGUCAAUAAAGUCCUAGAAUUUACGGAGAAGGGAUGUUAUGACAAGAAUUUUGCGGAAUUUGAAGAGAAAGAAUGAGCUAUCUGUUUUGAUGAAUAUGAGCAAGGCAAUGAUAUUAGGAAGCUCAUCAAAUGUGGUCAUCUAUUCCAUGCGCAUUGUAUCGAAGAUUGGAUUUCCGCGACAAUAUCGAGGAAGAAGCACCGUAACCAACACAUUGCUCCAACUUGCCCAUUGUGCAAAAUUGAAAUUAAAUAGUACAAUAUAUGCUAAAAUGCUUUAAACUAA